AACCUCGUGAACUUCUCAACUUCGCUUUGCAGAUAACCUCCAGACGCUCUCACUUCUCAACCUACAAAGAUUUUUUGUGUCAUUUUUGAAUAUUUUCUUUGGUCUCUCAUUGUCCCAGUCUCUCCUUGUCAUCCCAUAGGCCUAUGUAUUGACAGGCGCAUUUCUUCUCCUAGGUGCAAGAUCAAAAGUCUCGAUAAUGCCUCUAUUCACAGUUCAGGAUUGGAUUGGAGCUGGGAAUAUUAGUGCAGGACAAGCUACGAGAGAAGAGGAGAUAGUCACAGACUAUGUUGGCUCAAUUGAGUUGGCUGUCUACUCCGUGGAGAACCUCCUCAAGGACCUUGCGCCAUUCAUCCAUGCUGAUGAGGACCUGGUCGCUGUCGCGAGAGGAUUGUCUCUCCUCUCACGAGUCUUGGCCAGAUUGACGGUUGAGCCAUCCAGACACACUGUCAAGUAUCUUACCGAUUAUCUCUGUGACAGACUAAACAACACCAAUUCUCUACCGUCAUUCCGUGCUGGCAUACACGAAGUCGCAACUUGCCUGACAGUGAUUGUCACAUGGGCUCACUUUCCUCCUGGAGAAGCCGUAUCUGUGGCAACAGCAAUCUUCAGCUUGUCUAGAGAGACGCGGUUUAAGGAUCUAAAGCCUACCGCACGUCAGACACUUUACCUUUUGAUAAACACUCUCUUGAGAUCACGGGGUGACGCCCUACUCAAAUCCUCGACUAUUCCUCAACUUGUCCGUGGUCUUGUCACACUUGCAGAAUUCGAGAAGACCCCAGGUUGUUUGGAAGUUCUUUUCAAUUUGUACAAGUACCUCAGCAACGACAGGGACAUUGAAGUCGAGGAAUCCCAGGCCAUAUGGGAAUCCUUCUCCAGGUAUUGGCCAGUGACGGUUGGUGGAUCAAGGGAACAAAUUUCCAAGCCCAGUUCUGAGGAGUUACGAGAUAUGUUGCUUGAAUGCAUUUUGUCUAGUGAUUCGUACGCCAAGAAUGCAAUCCCAAUGUGCUUGGAGAAGUUGGAUACCACCCAGGACUUAUCUGCAACGACAAAGAACGAAGUUUUGGCAACCCUUGCUGCUUGUGUCGAGUCAUACUCAGUUCCAGCGCUUGCUCCAUGGUCUAUCAAGAUCUGGGAUUCGCUCAAAUAUGAGGUCUGGAACGGAGAUGUCGAUGACUUUAUCAGAUCAUCGUUGAAGGUUCUACAUGCCCUGAGCUCAGCUCUCAGCAGGAAAUCUUACGAUUGGUCAAGUCUUGACAGCCCUUUGGCUCUUUACGUUGUACCAACGGCGAAGGAGUGUAAGGAGCGCCUUCAAGACUCCAAAAAGCACUUCAUGCGUCGUACCGGAGAGAUUCUGAGCGUCAUUGCAUCUGGCUCUCCGUACGCCUUCCAGUUGGUUAUUAAGGAAGUCCUCCCAAGCAUGAACACAAUCUGGCAAGAUCUUCGCCUGGGGUCAGAGAAGACUCUAUUACUUGGUGUUUUCAACAAUAUUUUGGUCGCACGACUGGCGCUACCUGAUAAUUCCAACCCCACCGCCACGUGUUCGGCCGACCAAGCAGCUCUGCUGAUGGUCGAGCGACAAAACAUGGAGAAAUUGGCGACGGACUUUGCAAAAUUUUCUCAGAACUUGGUUGACGUCUAUUUCGGCGCAUUUACGGACUCUGAAAAUGCUACAGGAUCAGGUCCAGACCCAACACUGAUUGUUGCUGCGAUCAAGGGCUUAACGUUGUUGUUUCAAAUUCCUGAGUACCUGUCCACCGUUGAGCAGGGUAUGAUCGUUCAAAAGUUGAAUGAGCUUGCAACGAGCCAAGCACAAGAUGCCGAAGUUUCUCGGACUGUUGUAGAAUCGUUGCAACAUAUUUGCUCGAUUGAACCUCUGGUAUUUCGAGAGAACACUCUAUUGGAUUUUCUUCAGAAGCUCCCUGAGAAAAUCUCUACCGAUCUUGAAACAUGUACAGGGGAACUCGAUGUCAUCGUUCGAUACCUGGAAUCUCUGACCGAAAUUUGCUGUACUGUUGUUUGCAAAAAAGAGAUCAUGAUUAAGCCACCAGUCACUGCUGCGAGCAGCUUUUGGCACCGAAACUUCGAUGCUAUGGUUGAGAAGCUUUUGAUCAAAUUCACGGCUAUUAUGGGCGACAGUGGCCAACUGCAAUAUGCCUCUGCAAUUGUUGCAUCUAUCGCUAAUGCCAUUGAGAAGUUCGAUAAGACUGUGAACGAAGCCCAUAUCACUACUAAACUUCCUAUCCCGAAUGAUCCCUCCGUGGGUCCGUACGACUACAUCGUGCUGUCGCUGUUUCGAGAGGUUGUCGUUCAGAAGGUGGACUCGAACGGCCAGCUAUAUAUCGGUCUCAAGCCUUCCAGCACGAGCGCUGAGUUGGAUAAAUUGGUUCUUAUGAUUGGGAAGGCCACUACGCUAGCUUUACGCUCAAAGUUGGUUACACCUGUAAACAACUUGGUCCUGACAUGGAAUCGGAAUUUCCCAAAGGAGCCAAGUGCAAUGUGGUCUCUCUUUACCCACACUGGAGAUAGCUUGCUUGCGAGUUCCCAGAAGAACUUACAAGCAGGGCCGCGGGAUAAGUGUUUAAUGAAUAUAUUGUCUACCUCACUUCUGGCAGUAAUCCCAACAAAGAGUAAGGACGAAUUACGGAUUCCAGCCGGUAAUGUGGCUGCUGCGAUGAUCCGAAAUUCUCUGAACAUGCCAAAAGACACCUCUCGCACAUGUUUACAAUCUACCCAUGAAAUGCUUCAGCUGCUGGUUAACAAGUUCGGCGCCACGAAGGAGAACUUGGAAGACGGAACUAAGCUCUUUGAUCUCAUGAAGAGUCUGGUGGAAGAUUCUGUAUCUGCGAAAGCCGGCCAGGGGUCCAAGGUCUAUCAAACACUUGCAUAUUUCACCGCAGCAUCACUAUCGGCAUUCGACCCAACUUUGGAGCUUCUCGUUGGCCUGAUGAUUGACGGUAUCCAGAACCCAACCUAUGGCCGCAAGGUUGCUCAGUCCUUCCGCAUUCUUCUUGCACCUUCCCCGGUCCUCACCAAAGAGAACUUCUGCUCUGUGAGACUGUUGAGAAAUUCGAAAUGUUUCGCACUUACCGCCAACCCUUUGAUUGCACUCUGGCAAGCAGCUACAGACAAGUCUCUCAAGGAGAAUUAUCUGAUCGCCAUCUCAGGAAUCCUGGUCUACAUGACCCCGACUCAACUUGACGUAGGCAUCGAAGCUUCUCGCCUCCUGCCUAUCGUCCUUGAGGGCGUCACAGUACAAGAUGAGCAAUUCGCAAAGACCGCAUAUAUGAAGACUCUCUUUCAGCUCGCCCCCCGUCAUCCAAAGGUCAUCGAAGAACAUCUGGAUUCCGUGCUCGGCCGAGUCUUAGAUCGUCUGCGGAAUACAUAUCACAAUCCCUCAGACUCAAGUGUUGAAUGCCGUGUCAUCGCAGUCGAUGUCCUGAUCCUGAUGGUGAAAACUGUGAAGCCUGCGUUACUCACUCAGCGCGCAAACAAGAUCAAGUCGGAGCUGGAUGCUGCAAAGGAUGAUGCUGCUUGGGAGGUUCGCAAGAAGGCUGGUGAAUGUGCGAUGGAGUUAUUCAACUUGAAUGAUCGGAUGAAUUAAAUGCCCAGUGCUUGUUGUUGGCCGUACUUACAUCUUUCCUCUUUUUUCGCAUAUGUGGCUUCUUUUUGAGAUUGCUUCUCUUGAUUGUUUCUUUCUUCUAUCGACGCUGUGUUGCAUCUGAUGGAUAUGUGGGGUGAGCUGGAAUAUGACGAUGGCGCAUAGCGAAGGAGUUAAGAUGGACAGAUAAAAGGCAACGCUGCUUGGACGUAGACGAAACAAAAUCAAAUGUGACUGAAUUUCCGUUUCUAC